GGAUUGGUUUUCUCAACGCUUCCAGAGAUGCUGUUUCCCGUGUCCUCUCUUCACACAGGCCAGUGCGUCGGAUAACUAUCAUGGACAGGUUUUACAUGUAUUUCUGGAUGGUAUCACGAGACAAACCCGGGGUGUCUGAAGGCGUAUGAAAUAAACGUUAAAAGUCAUGGAUUUCCCAGGACAUUUUGAGCAGAUCUUCCAGCAGCUGAACCACCAGCGGCUGCAUGGACAGCUGUGUGACUGCGUGAUCACGGUUGGCAGCCGUCAUUUCAAGGCCCACCGUGCCGUGCUGUCUGCCUGCAGUACGCAUUUCCGAGCACUGUUUACUGCUGCCGAAGGAGAUGCCAGUACGAGGAUGAUCCAACUUGACUCAGAAGUAGUGACGGCUGAAGCGUUUGCUGCACUGAUGGACAUGAUGUACACAUCCACGCUGAUGCUAGGAGAGAGUAACGUCAUGGAUGUCUUGCUGGCCGCUUCUCAUCUACAUCUGAACACUGUGGUGAAAGCUUGUAAGCACUACCUUACAACUCGAACUCUACCCAUGUCUCCCCCGGCAGACUGUGGUGGUCAGCAUCACGCCGAGCCGCAACAAGCAGCAGCAGCAGCUGCCAACUCUCAUCUCCAGCGCUCAUUUCUGCUGCAACAGCUCGGCCUGAGCCUGGUCAGUUCUGGGGGACCAGGGACCGGGAGGAGAACAGGUUCAGCAUGCGCUAGCGGGUCGGUGGAUCAGCAUGGUUCUCAUCCGAAACGCCGUUUCCUGAAGCGCAAAGAGCCCUUGUCCCUGAUCGCUUCGGAACAGGGGAGGCCACGCUUCUCCUCCCAGGUGCAGGGGAUUGUGGGGCAAUCAGAGGGGCGUGUGGGUGGAGAGGAGCUUCUGUCUCCGGAUUCUAACGGUAAAAUAGUGGAUCAGGUCGUCGCUGGGGUCAUUCCAGGGGAUGAUGGAGGUUUACUAGACCAGGAUGAGUAUCGAAGGGGACUGACCCAUGAAGACAUGCAGCUUCCCACUCAGUCAGAUGGAGGGAGGGGAGCAGGACCAGAAAAAACGCUGCUGUUGCCACGUAAAGAGGAAUACCCGGAUGCGAGCCAUCACCAUAGUGAAGGGAUGAAGAUAAAGAAUGGAGAUGAGGAAGAAGAGGAGCACCAGCACAUGCAGGUCGUGGUCAAGACUGAGCCAAUGAGUUCACCUGAGGCUGUCGAUGAGACUAGUGAUGUCACGUCUCAGGCAGAAGGGAGUGACCAGGUGGAGCCAGCUGGAGAAAAGCUGGAGCUGAGUCCAGAGGGCAGUGAGCGCAGCUACUCCGAUCCCCAGCCCAGCUCUGAGCUGCUGAUUAAAGGAAACAAGGGCUUAGGAGCACAAGAAGACAGAGGAAGAGGAGAGCAGCUCUCCUGCAGUGACGCUUUGGAGUCCUCUGGAGGACUGCAUAUUUCCAGUUUCCUCAGCGCAAAGGCCUUUGCUGGCAGAGGGGCGUCAUCUAACCUUGGUUAUAGUGUUGACAAUAUUCCCAACACUACAACCGGAGAGUUUCUAGCAGACCACGAUUCUGCUCGCUUCUUCCUCCCAAACGAUUCCAUCAGCACUUCAUCUUCCUCUCUGCAGCUCUUUCCAGGCGGUGCACAGGUCUGCUCUGACCUGCAGCCAGAGUCACUUCUUCUGCGGCCGCUGCAUGAUGGAACAGCAUCAUCCUCUUCAUUAGCAACGUCCCGUGGUGGAUCGGUGGACCAGCUCGCGCUUGAGUUCCAGCGAAACAUUUUGGGAAUACAGGCCUUCCCUCAUUCAUUCAGGGGUGGUGGAGGGUGCCAAGCAUACAGGCGCAUCGCCCCCAAAGGUGCUUCAAUGCUUACAGACAGCCCUCAGCAAUUUGAUGCUGCCUCCUCAUCCUCUUCCUCCUCAAUGCUUCUCAAUGGAGUAAACUUUGAGGGUUCUGUCCCCGCAGGUCAAAACGGUGGCAGCUCAAACUCGAACCCGCUCCCCCGGUUGACAAGAGCCUCUGCAGAUGUUCUGUCAAAAUGUAAAAAGGCACUUUCCGAGCACAAUGUGCUAGUGGUCGAAGGUGCAAGGAAGUAUGCCUGCAAGAUCUGCUGUAAGACGUUCCUCACUCUGACGGACUGCAAGAAACACAUCCGAGUUCAUACGGGAGAGCGGCCGUAUGCCUGUCUGAAAUGCGGCAAACGCUUUAGUCAGUCCAGUCACUUGUACAAGCACUCAAAAACAACCUGCUUACGAUGGCAGAGCAGCGAUAUGUCUAACAGCCUGCUCUAAUUCAACACGAUCGC